CCCCCCCCCCCCCCCCCCCCCCCCCCCCCCCCACCCCCCCCCCCCCCCCCCCCCCCCCCCCCCCCCCCCCCCCCCCCCAAAAAAACCCCAACCCCCCCCCAAAACCUUAAAAAAUAACAAUAGUAAAUAAUUCGUUAAAGAUUAACGGUUUAAAUUGAUAGUGUAUUUUGUUACAAUAAAAGAAAUAUAACUAGAUAAAAAGACUUGUUUUCGUCUGGUGUACAGUUUGUAAUAUAGCCACUUGUUUUUUUGGAACUUUAUUUUUUUAAUCAGAAUGAAAUGUUUUGAAAAGCUUAGACGAAUUAAAGACAUUAUAUUUAAAGUAUUUUUAAUUAUAUCAUUACUGUUUGGUAUUGCCACUUUGAUAAGUAAGCAAAAGAUGUUUAUUUUAAAACGAUAAGAAAAGAUAAGCCGGACUUGUUUGAUACACCCAUAGGGGCAUUUCUUCGUGACUUAUGUCAGUCUUGUGCCGGCUGCAUAAAUCUGACGUACAGGCACUGCUCUCAAAACAGCAAAUGCCAUAGCCAAUUAUGACGUAGUUUCUUCAUCUAACAGAGAUGCUAAGGAUCUUACUGAAGCCGAUGAUUGUUCGGAAACCCGUGAAGAAGUUAAUAAAUAUGCUGAUGUGCUCGAUAGAGAAAUCAUUUCAAACGUUUCGGGUGCGACUGACAUUUCCUGUUGUGUUGCUGAAGAGUAUAACAAACCAUCAUCGAUGAUUGGUGACAGUGCUGUUGGGAUUAUCUCGAGUGAUGCCGAAGAAAUUAAUUCUGCAUUCAUAGUCAAUGGUCCUGCUGUAGUGUCUCCAAAUACGCCUGUUAAAUUGAACAGACUUUCUGAUGUUAUUGAUGAAAAUGCUGUGGUGGCCUGA